CUAGACCACCGGAACCCUCACCACGAGAGGAUAGACUGGACCUACUGCGCAUACGACGCUUGUAUGAUACACUACCAGGAGAAGGUUGAUGCAGGGUGGUUUCCUUCACCACGCACCACCUGUCUACAGCCUUGGUACAAAUGCACCAACGAUGUAUGCGAGAUACACCUGAUUGACAAGCGGUCUAAACUCCACUUUCCGGGUACUGAGGACCCACAAGCGGUAGUACAGAUGCAGCUAGUU